CCUGCUGAUCCGAAGGAGAGCUGGUUAUGUGGACUGGACUGUGUGGGAGUCUGCGUUCCUGUCAGAAUGAGGAGUCUGCAGUCUGGUGCCUGCCUCCUUCGUCCCACAGCAUCGCUUCAAGGACAUCACAUCACAGGGGGGCCUGGACGGACACAGCGUGAUGCAUCGCUACAGCGGCCAUCACACCUAUCCCAUCUGAAGCAGGCAAGAUGCCUUAUAUCACCGCAAAAUCUUAAAGUGUGAUUUCCAAUAUAAUGGCAUAUCGAUGUGAAAAUAUAUUCAAAAGAGUCAUCGUUUUCUUGGCUGACUGGUGAGCUAAAGACUAAAGACUAAAGAGGGACACAUUAGCGGUUUCUUCUAAGAACACCUGAACAUACAGCCAGCAAAUUGUUUGAUUAAAAAAACUAAUAAAAGGUAAAUACUGAAUCAUUCUCUAUUUCGAGAGCUAAACAAAAAGACCACAUAAAGCCCAUUCAUAAACAUCUUUAAAUGUCAUUUAUUAACAUGUAUCUUUUUUCCUCAAAUAAAACGAAUCAUUUUUCUUUUUUUCUUUUUACACUUGUUUUCGUAUCAAACAUAUAUUCUGAUAUAUGCUAUAUUCUCUCCAUAUAUGCUAAUCGAAGCUUCUGAUCAUGCUAAUGCUAAACCUAAACUGAGUGGCAUUGAACUUCUCAUCUUUAAAGUUGUCAAGUUAAUGUCUAUUUCAAAAUGUUGUUGACAAAUUGACUAAAAUCCCUUGUGGCACACGUUUCCUGCGGUGCUGUAAAUCAACCUGCUGAAUUGAUGCUAUCACGAAUCUACCAUAAUCACAAAAACCUGAAGGCUGAUGAUUAGUAAGUGGUUUUAUUUUAAAUUUAACGUGCUGUUUUUUAGCUUUUUAAACAAUUAUUGCUAUGAAUUGCUUUUAAAUUGUAAUCACCUUGCGACCCUGUUUUUGUGUCUUGUGACCCCACCAUGGGGCCCAACCCCUAGUUUGGGAACCACUGCUUUUAACAGGUCAGUAUCAUAAUAGAUUGUGUACCAUCUUUCUACACUUAGAUUACAGUUAUGUAAUCUUCAAAUAUUAGACGAGUAAAGACUGUGAAGUGAUAUACUUUCGCUUUCACAAGAAGAAGUCCUGCCUCUUUUUUCUCGUACUUGGAAGUGGUGACUCAGUUUAACCGCAUUAGAUAUGUUUCUAUGUGGGAUUUUGGCAGGACAGAGUGUCAGUGUCACAUUUCUCCUCCUUCCCCAUCCUUCCCUCCCUCGGUGUCUCUCAGCUCCCCGCCCCUCGGUGUGCUGCUGCUGGUGCGGAGUGAGGCGCACAGAGCGCAGCGUGGAUUUGGAGAUGUCUUGGCAGGAUUACGCACGACGGCACGAUCCACGCAGAAGCUUCUUGUAGCCGGACGGGGCAAUCUGAAGCUGGAGCGGACACAGAUUUAACUUCUGACCGAGGGAGACGCUUCUUUCUUUCUCACAUUUCCCCCCGUGAGAGUCGGAUCUACCCUCCUCUCACAGCAGCACCAGCGGGUCUGGAUGUCCGGUCCUCCUCCUCCCGCUCUCGGGUCACGGUGACUACAGAGGAAUGGAAACGAUGUAAACAGCUGGUGGAACAAAACAAACUCUUCAGCACAACAGUUUAUUUUUGUUAGAGAUCGCAGAAAGAAAGGGAGAGGGAGAGAGGGAGAGAGAGAUGAUCCCGCCGGCCAACAUGGCUCAGGAUGAAAGUGGGGACAAGGAGGACGAACAGGAGCAGAAUGAGACGCAGAAAUCCCCCAAGAGUGCGAACCCCAGCCAGCAGGAAACCAAGAAUACUGUGAGGCCUGAACACCAGAAGCGCAAGCUCCAGAGACUCAAGCGAUCGCUGUCCUUCAAGACCAAGAGCAUCCGCAGCAAGAGCGCCGACAACUUCUUCCGCACCAGCAAUGACAACAAGACCGAGCUGCUCUCCGACGUGAGCAGCAGCACGGGCCACCUCUGCAACAUCGGGAUGGCCCCGCCGCACACCGCCAACCACCCCAUCCCGCCGGUGCCUCCGGCCAUCCCCAGCGCUCCUCCUCCCACGUCGCGCUCCCAGUUGCGCAACCCCCUGCAGGUGGACUCUGCGGGACACUGCUUCAUGGAGCACAUCUUCAAGAAGCCGACAUUCUGUGACGUGUGCAACCACAUGAUCGUAGGUACCACAGCCAAACAUGUAGUAUUUCUGGCGGGAAACACGGCAAAGCACGGCCUGCGCUGCAAAGCCUGCAAGAUGAGUCUCCACCACAAAUGUGAGAACGGAGUGGGACAGCAGCGCUGCAUGGGAAAACUGCCAAAAGGCUUUCGGCGGUACUACAGCUCCCCAUUACUGAUCCAGGAGCAGUACGGCUGUAUCAAAGAAGUCAUGCCCAUCGCCUGUGGGAAUAAGGUGGACCCCGUGUACGAGGCCUUGAGGUUCGGAACGUCUCUGGCACAGAAAGCUAAAAGGCCCAGCGGCUCCGAGUCUCCUCACAGAAACUCGACCAGUGACUUGGAUAAGGUUCCAGAGGAGAUGGUGGCUCACAGCAGUCGACAGGAGCUGUCGAGGAAACACAGUGACGACGUUUUCACAGUCAUUGAGAACGGCACGGAGCAUUACCACCAGACAGAGAGAAAACCUGAUGAUUUCCAGUUGGAGCAGAGUCAGCUACAGAAAGACAUCCUCAAACUCAACACCUAUGUGGCCUUGUUCAGUUUCACUCCCCAAGAGAGCCAUGACCUGGAGAUGAGAGCGGGAGACAAGAUCUUAUUGGCCGACGACUCUAAUGAUGACUGGUGGAAGGGGGUAAUUGAGGAUAGGAUCGGUUUCUUCCCGGCAGCCUUCGCUCAUCAGGUGCGGGCCGAGGACCAAGUGUUCAGGUGCAACAGGACAUUCAUUGGCUGCAAGGAACAAGGCCAGAUCACCCUGAAGGAAGGACAGAUCUGUGUGAGCAGUGAGGGCGAGCACAGCGGCUUCCUCCGAGUGGAGAGUGGAAAGAAGAGAGGCUUCGUGCCCUGUGACGUCCUGGAAAUCAUCUGAGAGACACACUCAGAGAAGUGAAGAGAGAGAGAGAGAGAGAGAGAGAGAGAGAGAGAGAGAGAGAGAGAGAGAGAGAGAGAGAGAGAGAAAAAAAGAGAGAAAGAAAGAAAGGGAAGGAACUUAAGAUCAGCCGCCUGCAUGGAGGUCAGAGGAGGAGGAAACUGAAACGAAACAAAUGGUGACGAGACACCAGUGAUGCUGGUUUGGUCACUGACGACUCCAGGUCAGAGUCUCUGCACCUUCCUCACUCGCUCUCAGCACAAACAGACAGAUGCUGAGAUGAUGUUUUCAAGACCCGGAGGUCACUGGAUCCCCGGAUUUUAUUUUAUUAGAGCCAAUGAGUGUUUUUUCCCAUUAGUUUUAUUCUGUUUAUUUUCUGAAAGUGAGCUAUUUAUACCUGAGAAAAGGAAAACAAACACCACAUUAAUUAAUUCCAAGGUUUAGGGACAUAUAGCGGCAUACAGGGCUCUUAAAAAGCCCUUUCAAAACUUGAUCGAAAUGUAAGUGAGGAUAAAUAGGAAAAUAAGACCUUACUUUCUGUAAAGCCUUAAAACCCCAAAACAUCUGUUGGAAGUACUUCCUGUAUAACCUCCAGCGUACAGUUACAGUCCUAAAAAAAGGGUUUUCCACUUGUUUCUGGUGAGAAACUGCAACAAAGAGAUGUGGAGGAGUAUUUCCAGAGGACUUUGACACAAUAAAAAAAAAGGCUUAA